AUGCGAAUUUUCUGCAAACUGAAGAGACAUGGAUAUGGAUGCUGCGGCCACGCAAUUAAGCUGAAAUUCAAGGAAUUCAGCAAGGGCAUCGGGAUAAACGACGCCUCCUUUCCGCUAAGAUAUGAGUUGAGCGUGUUGCGCCAGCUGUGUGUCGCCUUGAAGGACAAUCUGCACCAGCAUGACGAUCUCUACUGCGACAUUGCGGCCACCGUGGUACCACACGUGGAGCCCUACGAGGAGAAGCCGAGCCUGUGGGAAGCUCAUCUAACGAGCCUGCGGUACAUACAUCGUGAGCUUUGUCAGGAGAAAUCCCUGACGGAAUGCCAGAAAAUGUACGGCCUAGUCCGAUCGCAGCUCUGCCGCCUGCAAGGGGAGGCUGACUACAAGUUUUAUUUGGACAUCCAUCUGACGCACUUCAAUGGCAUUCACUUGCAAAUGCAGAAGGAGACGUUGCCCAUCGCCGCCACAGAUCAACUAUAUUACGCCUUGGAGGCAAUGGGUGUCCUCUUUGACACCAUGCGCCAGCGUAAAGUGGCAAAGAAUGCGGCUCUCCUGGUCCAGCUGAAUGAUGCCCUGUUCAGCAAGCGAGGCAAAGCCUUUCUGAUGUACCUGAGCGCCCUUCCGCCCGAGAGCACGACGAAAAUGUACGACCCGCUUCUCAAGCUCCUGAGCUGCAGCUGGGCCACACCCAGCUCUGAGCUGACUACUCAAUUCACGGAGUAUCUGGGCCUGGUUCUGGCACUGAUGCAGAUCGACAUGUUUUCCAUAGAAGCGCCGCUCGAACAACAACUGGCACUGAAGUUGCUGCGCACAAGGACGUCUCUCCGCAGAACUACUCCAUCCAGCUCCUCUACUACUAUGUCAAGCUGUUGUACGUGCGCGAGCUACGGCGGACUUCAAGCGACUUACAUCGAUCUGUGCAAGAAGUUCGUCUACUUCUUCGAGCACAAGGCGCGACGCACGCCAAAGAGCAGUGGUUUCAUGGACCUGCUGGUGUUCUUCCAGCGCCUGCAGAUGCUGCUUCAUCAGAGCAGCAACAAGCCUCCCUUAGACAUUUUUUGGCAGCAGCUCGAGGGCGACGACAGUCCGAGCUGCUCCAACGAGGCCUGUAAAAGCAUUCGCAGGCAUUGCCUUCUCUCCUUCGGGGUGUGCGCCCUGGAAGCUUACGUUAACUGGCAGCCGACGACCGAACAGAAGUCGGACAAGGCACCCUAUAAGCCGCUCUUGGGCAUUCUUGGCUACACCUUGGACGUGGCCAAGAGCAUGAAGUGCCUGGGGCCCUCCGCCAUGAGCUAG